AUGGUGCUCGAAUGCGGGCGUCCAUCUUUCUCGUUGGCUUCGGAAGAGGAGGAAAAAUACAAGUAAGACUUGAAACCUUUAACGGAACUAGAAGGAGAGCGACAACUCAUCGUUUUUAUUUCAGAUAUCCUUGUCGGGAUGCUGCGCGAGAAAGAGCCCGACAACGACAAAGUGUCGUGGUCGCGGGAGCUGUUGGGGGCAUCGAAUUCUCGAUGUCUCCUCGCUACGUGUUCUCGUCGGGCAAAGGAUCUGACAACGAUGUUCGUCGGGAUGGUGAUUCGUCACCAUCAACAGUGCACAAAAGUGAGUUCUUGUUGGGUUCGGUAGUUAAAAAAGUAGAGAUCAAUAAACUUGAAGUUAAAAAGAGGCUUAAUGUAAAACUUUUUUCCAGAUAGGUUGGUCGAGAUAGUGAUCUCACCGCACAAAGCUUCGUGAAGGCGGUGAAAUUCGUCCUCGAAAGAUGUGGACAGCUUCCGCGCAUCGUAAUCCAUCGCUCGGGAUUCAACGAUGAGAAGCUAGCGAAGUGAGUCUUUUAGCAUUGAACAUAAAGACAAAUAAAGCAUUCAAAAAAAGCUUUCACUUUCUCGUCUCCAAACAAUGUAUCAACUAUAACACAGCUGAAUUGCCUUCUUUCUCAAUAUUUAUGCAUUCAGGCGUCCACUUCGACCGCCAUCGCCAAAGCUCUCAGGGACGAGAACAAGCCCCGGGUUCAUGGCUCCCAAUUUCAACGUCAUAGAAACAUCGUUCUGGUGA